CGUUAAUAUAAUUUUUUCGUAGUAAUUAUUUUAAAUUAAUUAUAUUUAAUAAAUUGAUCAUAUGUAAUUAUAAUUAAUUAUAUUUGAUAAAUUAAUUAUUUUAAUGGACUGGGAGAACUUGGAGGAGUUGUUGGAGUUGAUAGUUGUAAAAAAUUUCAAGGUGGUAUUAAUUCAAUGCAGUGAUACAAACGAGUCCAUUAGACUUUGUGACGUUUUACAGGAAAAAUUCAAUUCACAAAAGGAUAAACAAUUUUUUAUCCUCGGUGACGUUCUCACAGGCAAUUGCUGCCCUGAUCUUAUCGCAUCCAAUAGAUUCCAAACCGAUUGUAUAGUGUACAUUGGCGAGAGUUGUCAUUUUGAGCUGGAAACUCAAUUUUACAUUUUUUUUCUCCGUUACAAACUUUCUAUUGACUUUUCUAAUCUCAAAUCUAAGGUUGAGGAGUUGGUACAGAAGGUUAGAUUUGAAAGUGUUAUAUUUCUAUACCACAACUCCUUACAUCACUUACUACAGCCAAUCUCACAACUGUUUCUCAAUCACAACAUCAAAUUUCUCACACAUAACAACGUCCCACGUGACACCACUGCCAUCAGACUGUUGAACAGAAAUUUAUUCCAACUUACCUCAUCAACUGAUCCUGUGACUACUGUUACUGAGUUACCAGACCCUAACAGUACUUUACUACUGUAUACCACAGUAGAAACAGAUGACAGAGUACUACAGAGUUUAGCCCUGGAGUACCCUCACAACACUUACCAAAUCACCAUUAACACUGGAUUAUCCCAUGAUAACCCAGAGAUAAAGCUAAGUAAUGUAAAUGAACAGUGUGAGCGGAUCCGUCUGAAGCGCUACGCAAUGGUAGAAAAGGUAAAGCAAACUAAACUAUUUGGCAUAAUAACAUUGACCAAAUGUCUUAAAGGUAGUAACACCCUGAGAACUCUGUUACACCGUGUGAUAGAGUUGAGAGGAGGCAAGAGUGUGCAAUUUUCUAUGAACAAUUUAACGGAGAAUAAACUUUACAACUUCCCACAAGUCGAAUUAUUCAUUCUUUUAUCCUGUAACUAUAGUUUCCCUAUAGGGACUGAGUUGAGGAAGUUAAUUGUGUUACCCUAUGAAGUGCUAGUAGGACUUAAUAUUGUACCCUGGGGCACUCCGUACAUCUUCAGUUUCACUCGAAUCAACACAAUCCUGUCAGAAUAUCUCCAGGAACAUAAUAAUGACACAGUUGACACAGGGGAGAGUGAGGAUAGAGAGGAGUUACGUACAGGUGUGGGUAUGAGUUUGAUGGAGCGUUAUGAGAAUUUGUAUGAUCACAUCUUGAGUAAUGAUCGUCGCAGUUUUAGAGGCGUGGAACCCCAAUUUAGCGCUACACCCGUAGUCCUAAAAGGGUCACACGGUGUCCCAACAUCUUACCUACACGAAUUUCAUAAUUUUAUCUAA